AUGGGAGACGACGACAAUACUCAAACACAGACACAAAAAUCGCAAGUGGAUUGGAGCCAACCGAAUACUCCAUCUUUUAUACCGAAUAUUUGGGGUAGGCUCUAUUCAACGAAAGUAUCCUUGAAUGAAAAACAUUGUUGGAAAGAUACUGGAAAAGAGUAUCCUCCAUAUUAUGACCUAAUACAGCCUGAAUUUACACUGGGCAGAGCAUUAAACUGCUCAUUUGUUAUGAAGAAAGAUAUUAUAAAGGAAAACAUAGUAAAAAGUGUUAGUAAACAACAUUUUGUAAUUAAGAGAAACUUGUUAGAACCUCUAAGUCCAGCUAUAAUUACAGACUUAUCCUUUAAUGGAACAUUUGUGAAUGGCGAAAAUAUUGGUAAGGGCUUUAGCAGGGUCUUAGAUGACAAUGACAAAAUAGCUGUAACUCAUCCCAACGUCAAAAUAUUUAUUUACAAGGAUUUGUUAAAAAAUGAAGAAAAAGUUCCAAAGGAAGUUUCCCAAAAAUAUUAUAUAUCUAGGAUACUAGGGCAAGGAGCUUGUGGUCUUGUUAAAUUAGUAUAUGAUAAAACUAAAUGCACAAAGCAUGCCAUGAAAAUUAUUAAGAAACUUCGAUUGACAAAUGGUCAAAUUAACAAUCUAAAUGAUCCCCAAAAAAUUAUGAAUGAAGUUAACAUUAUGAAAGCAUUAAGACAUCCCUGUAUAAUUUCUACUGAAGAAGUAUUUGAUUCACAUGACACAGUCUACAUUGUAUUAGAAUUAAUGCAAGGUGGAGAACUAUUUGAUAGAAUUACUAAACAAGGGCAUUUAUCGGAGCAAUUUACACGAUUUCUAUUCAGGCAAAUGGUGCUGGCUGUGAAAUACCUGCACUCUCAAGGAAUUACACACAGAGAUCUCAAGCCUGAAAAUGUGUUGCUUGAGAGUAAGAAAGAUGAUACAUUGGUAAAAAUUACUGACUUUGGCCUUAGCAAAUUUGUAGGGGAAGAUAGCUUCAUGAAAACGAUGUGUGGAACACCCUUAUAUUUAGCACCAGAAGUAUUAAGAGCGAACGGACAAAACUGCUAUGGCCCAGAAGUGGAUGUAUGGAGUUUGGGAGUUAUCUUUUUUGUCUGCCUUGUAGGUUACUUGCCCUUUUCUCCUGAAUACAAAGAACUAACAUUGAGAGAUCAAAUCCUAAGGGGGAAAUACCGCUUUUCUCAUGAGCAUUGGAGAAACAUAAGUUUGCCGGCCAAACUGCUAAUGAAGAGAAUGCUCACUGUGAAUGUUGAUAAGCGAAUAAGUCUUGACCAAAUUCUCAACCACAGCUGGAUGCAGGAUCCAGUGGUAAUUAUGAAAAUUGACAGAUUACUGUUCCAAGCUGUCCAAAUUAAAGAUUUCAAACAAAUGACAACUUCAUCUCAAAACUCUGAUGAAGAAAAUAAUAAUACUGACAAUGUCACAGUACUAAGGCUAGUAGCUACAGGUAAAAGGGCAUUGAGUGACAGUUACAAUUCUUGUGAACCAGAUCCAAAGAAACUUAGAAUGGAUACAUACAAAAUUAUUGGAUUACAAAAUGACAACACAAAUUCCACUAACAGCUAUUGUUCAGAAGAC